AUGUUUAUAUGUCACAAGUACCAGUUGGGACUUUCCGCUAUGUGCUGCGUGGAGUGGCUGAAGAACGAGGAUGUGGUUGAUGCUUCCCAGGACACAAACUUCCUGAUAACCAUCGAUAACAAUCUUAUCAUCAAGCAGGCUAGGCUGUCUGAUACGGGCAACUACACCUGCGUGGCAAAAAACAUUGUCGCCAAACGGAGGAGCACCACGGCCACAAUAAUUGUUUAUGGUAAUGUAGAUGGAGCUUGGACUGAAUGGAGCAAGUGGUCAGCCUGUAGCACCGAGUGCACGCACUGGAGGAGCCGGGAAUGCAUGGCUCCAUCUCCCCGUAAUGGAGGCAAGGACUGUAGCGGCGUCCUGCUUGAUUCCAAAAAUUGCACCGAUGGGCUCUGUAUGCAAAAUAAAAGAUUUGUAAGCGAACCCAAAACUCACCAUACCCCCCAGCUGCUCCACCCUUCAGUGCAGCCUGAUCUAACUGCCAACGCCGGUGUAUACCGUGGUCCUAUGUAUGCCUUGCAAGAUUCCUCUGACAAGAUCCCCAUGACCAAUUCUCCGUUGCUCGAUCCGCUCCCUAAUCUCAAGAUCAAAGUGUAUAAUUCCUCCACAGCAUCCUCCUCCACUGGGAUGCAUGAAGGAGCAGACCUGUUAGGAGCCAUGCCCCCAGGCUCCUUCCCAGGGGACACUCACAGGGAUAACCAUUUCAUGAACCUAAGAAACAAAAGCAUGGGCUCCCAGCAGCUGCUAACUCUGCCUCGAGAUCCUGGGAAUAGUGCCACGGGGACAUUCGGCUGCCUGGGAGGAAGACUCGUCAUCCCUGGCACAGGUGUGAGUCUGUUAGUGCCACAUGGAGCAAUUCCUCAGGGGAAGUUCUAUGAAAUGUAUCUGAUGAUCAACAAAGCAGAGAAUAUUCUCUUUCCCUCUGAAGGCAACCAGACAGUACUGAGUCCCAGAGUGACCUGUGGUCCUACGGGGCUUCUCUUAUGCCGCCCAGUCAUCUUGACUGUUCCACAUUGUGCAGAGGUCACUUCCCCAGACUGGAUGUUGCAGUUGAAAACCCAGUCCCACCAAGGACACUGGGAGGAAGUUGUGACGCUAGAUGAAGAGACUUUAAACACACCUUGUUACUGCCAGCUGGAACCCAAGUGCUGCCAUAUCCUGCUGGAACAGCUUGGAACGUACGUCCUUGUGGGAGAAUCCUAUUCUAGGUCGGCCAUAAAGAGACUGCAGCUGGCCAUCUUCGCUCCCACCCUCUGUACCUCAUUGGAAUACAAUCUCAAAGUAUAUUGCUUGGAGGACACACCUGAUGCUUUGAAG